UCAUUCCCUUCAAAAACUAUUGAAGUUAAAAACGUGUAAAACAAUGUCGUCUGUAACUUUAGAGACGGUCCCUUAAUUUCCACAUAUCCGCGAAUAUCGAACAUCCAACAUCAACUUCAUUCCAGUGCAAAUAGGUUUACUAAAACAGGGUUUAAGCAUUGCUAGCUGCAGUGGACAAAUCCUAUUCACAACCCCUGCCCUUUAAAUCGUGUCUUGUUCAAUCUACAUUGUAAAUCCUGAGCUGGGCAAUCAGCUGGGAAAAGGGCUGAUUGUUAUUAACCUAUUUAGUAUCGCCCAGUCGCGAUUGAGAAGAUCUGCGCAUGCGCGUGGUGCUGGUCUAAAAGGACCUCUUCUCAGUAUACACGCGCGCUGCAUAUGGCAGGAAAUAACGGCUUCUGUGCCCUGUCUAGUGGACUAUAUGACUAGUGGUUUGGUAUUUAGGACACAGCCCAUGUGUGACGCUCAGGCACGUGUCUGGGUUCUUUCUUCCUGGUGCGUUUAGGAGACCAGAGUCUCGGGCGUGAGACAAAAACAACCGGCACGCGCGUGUUUACCCGAACCAGGUCUAGCGCUAAAAGAAAUAAACUAAUGAGGAAAAACUUCUACAGCCGGCCUUUAAACUGUAGAAUUGAUUGUAUUCUUAUUAGGGAACGCGUGUUAGUUGGUUACAGGGCGAAUCCUAGCUGAAUAUAGUUGUCUCUUGGAGCGGUUUGUUUUGAUUUAUGCUAGUCACUCGACCGGAAACAUGAAACCUCACACCGGAAAUCACGCUCUGCCUUCUGGACUAACUCUGCUGCUGCUGCUGGCUGUAACACUACGCCCGAGUUUGUCCAGCGAGGUGUUGUCCACCACUUCGGCUCCGACCCCCCCCUCACCUCCCAGUAUCCCCGAGAGCGGGUCGUACAACGUCACCAACAAUGGCACCACGUGCUUGUUGGCCCGCAUGGGACUGCAGCUCAACAUUACUUACACCUCUCGCUCACAGGGCAAGGUUGUUCGAAAUAUCAUAAACCUGCAACCAAAGGUGACCAAUACCUCUGGUUCCUGCGAGGCCGAAACUGCAAAGCUCGCACUCACGGAAGGGAACACAUCCCUGACGUUCUUCUUCCUUUUGAAUUCCACAACUAACAAGUAUCACCUUGAUGGACUGGCACUCUCCAUCAACUUGCCAGACUUGCCUCAGCCCAUGGACGUCCGUAACAAUAGUCUAGGCUACCUUCAGGGAACUCUGGGCUACUCGUACAUGUGCCGUCAAGAGCAGAUCUUGACCGUUGGGCAGAAUUUCUCCCUGAACACGUUCCAUCUACAGGUGCAGCCUUUCGGUGUCAUUGGAAAUGAGUUUGGAGCAGCCGAGGAAUGUGGGCUCGAUAAAGAUGACCUGCUGAUCCCUAUCGCUGUAGGUGCUGCCCUUGCAGGCCUUGUGUUAGUUGUGCUCUUGGCCUACCUGAUUGGCAGGAGGAGAAGCCAUGCUGGCUACCAGACGAUCUAAACCUGCUCACGGAAGCUUUCGAGCCAGAAUAUGCAGCCACCACUAAUCAGUCGAGCCCUGCCCUUUGCUGUUCUCAUGCUGCCAUUAUGCCCAUUGCCUGAGGUGAUCCUCUGCCUUCUGGACUUUAAGUUGUAUCAUAACUGGAAAAUAGUUUAAGAAUGUUUAAUUUUGCACCACUCUGGGCAUUUUUUUUGGAGUGGGUGAUAAUUAGUAUUACUGAAAGGCCUAGGUCUCAGAUAAAGCACAGACUAUUGCUAAAACUGAUAAGUGUUUCCCUUCAUGGUGUGUAUAACGAAAGGCUAGAGUUAAUUGAAACUGCAUCCCAGUAAGAGCCUCAGCUCUGUACAUGACAAUAAUUGAGCUCAAUAUUCCAAGUAGGCACAUUACUUAGGGGAAAAUAGCUGCUAUAAAUUAGUUUUUCAUCACCUAUAGAAGGGAGUACUUAACACUUCCCCUGCCACUGACAUGAUUCAGACCGUACCUCAGGAUGGCAAGGAUGCCAUGUUGCUGGACUCCAGAAACAGAAUUGGUAGACUUGCACUGAAGUCCGUCUGUACGAUUAUUUUCUUUCUUUAAGGUGCUGUAACGGUGUGGAAUUGCACAGGUAGCCUUGAGUAAUCCAUACUGUAUGUAAGUUGAUAUCAAGGCUGUAUUCGCUGCACUGAGGCCUUUCUCAAUACCUCUCAGACCCCAUCAUCCUCCAUUGGAAGGUGCUUCAUGCAAGAGUACAUGUUCAAGUUCAUAUUCUUUCCAACCUAUUAUUAUUAUUUAUAAAUCUUACAAGAAUAUAUCUGUAGCAUGGAGGAGUUCGUAUGAAAAACACGGUGAUGGUUGGCUUAGCAAGGACGUUUAAUUGCUUUAUUUUCCUCACGAUCACUAGUCAUAGCUCACACGUUAUUAGCAAACCGUAAACCAUUUAGUGUCAAACAUUAAGACCGCUUCCCUCCACCCAGCAUGCUUUGGAAUGCAAGAAAUCAGUGGCCACUCAACUGGUAAACUUCUUAUAUAUUUAAUAUUGCACAAUAAAGUCCCACUCACGGUAUGAAGACUAAUCGAUAUCCUUUUCAUACUGUGAAUGUGACGUUUUGAUGUGAAGUAUUAUGAUCAUCCUGCGUCUGGGACUAAGCAGCAUUUAAAGCUUGAGAGACGGAGAGAGCGAGUGUUGAUAUAAUGAACUGUUAAAUACAGUGCACUGAACAUGAAUAUGUUACCUGCUUCUGCUGAUGUGUUUAUAGUGUUCUUAUUUGCAACUUGGCCUUAGUGUGAAAUGCUCUGGAGUAAUGUGUGUUGAACGAGAAUGAUGUUAAAAUUCAUAUCUAUCAGGUGUUGCAUAACAGUAGAGAAUGUGUCCAUUUAUAAAUGCAAUGACAAAUAAAAGGGAAAAAAAGUG